CUACGCACGAUCGGAUCCUCUGACGGGAGGAGAAACAGAAUUAUGAGGGUUACACACGACUCAAUGAACGUCAUUGUAGCCCGUCUCGCGAAAAGUUAUUAUUAGGAACCCGCGAACAUUUACUGCGUUUCAUUUGUAUUACCAUCCAAGAGAUUUCGAUUACAAGAAGAUCCACCCACUGGAGUAUCGGGAGCACCUACAGACAAUAAUAUUAUGAUAUGGAAUGCAGUUAUAUUUGGACCACACGACACUCCAUUCGAAGAUGGUACCUUCAAACUUAUAAUAGAAUUUACAGAAGAAUAUCCAAAUAAACCACCUACAGUCAGAUUUGUUAGUAAGAUGUUUCAUCCCAACGUGUACGCCGAUGGAGGCAUUUGUCUUGACAUACUGCAAAACCGUUGGAGCCCUACCUAUGAUGUCUCUGCCAUCUUAACAUCCAUACAGUCCCUUUUGGAUGAACCAAAUCCAAACUCACCAGCCAAUUCUUUAGCAGCACAAUUAUAUCAAGAAAAUAAACGGGAAUAUGAGAAGAGAGUAGCUACUGUUGUUGAACAGUCUUGGUUGAAUUUCCAAGAAAGUCACACAGAAGACCCUCGCUGACAUUAAAUACAUAAAAAUGUAAAGCAUUGGAGUGAUGUGGAAUCACACUGUGAACUUAUGUGAUCUUUACCUAUAAGUAUAAAUAUGAUGUGUAUGGUUUUGCUCAUUACAAUUAGAUUUUAGGCAUCCAUAUAAAGUAACAUUAAAAGGAAAAUAUGCGUAUACAUACUUAAUUAUAAAAAGACCACUAUGAAAUAAGUUUAAGACAGAUCAAACACUGAGAUAUUAAUAGCUUACUUAUAUGUUCUACAAAGUAAUCUGUUGUGAAGUAGCUUGCCUUUUUUGUGCACAGAAAGUAAAAAUGUUAGUGUAUAAAUAAUAUAGUACAUACAGUAAAAAAUGAUAAUAAACUUUGUCAGAGGAAUUCUAUUGAAUAUUUGUCAUUACCUAAAAAAGUUGAAAUAAUAAUAUGUAAGUAAAAUAAGAUAACAGCAUGUACUUAGGGACUUGUUAAUAGCACAGGAUGGGAAGAUGUGAAGAAAAAUCAAAAUCUAUGACAUCAUAACAAGCAAUAAGAUUAAUGAAAACAUUAAAUUUAUUUCUUAAAAACAUGUUUCAUAAAAAAUUUUCUUACAACUGUGCAAAACUCAAAUUGCUUUUAUAAAACAAUUCAGUUUUAUAUACAGUUUAAGUUUAAAUUCGGCUACAAAAGAAUAGCUUGUCAAACACAGUAUAUAUUAUAUGUACGGAUUAGAAUUUGUAUUUUUAAAAAUACACUUUUCUAUAUACAAAAUAAAUUUUUUCAUUGAUAAAAGAGAAUGUACAUAAAAUGAAAUUAAAUAUUCGAGUGUUGCACAGAGAUUCAGUAACUUUCAUUUAUACACAUUAUGUAUGUUUUAUAUCAAAUACAUGAUAAUCACUUACAGUGAAUCUGUAACUAUAUUUUCUAUACAAUUAUACAUUUUACAAAUAAUACAAUAGAAUUCUACCAAUGUUACUUAACGCGUAUUGAUAUAGUAAUAAUUCUGUAAUAAAAUCAUAUGCAUUACAGUUGUACAGAUUUAAAAAAUUAUUAGUCUUAAAAUUAAUCUAUUUUAUUUAUGACAAUUUACACUACAAAAUAUUAUUUCUGUUCUUUAAUACUGCUAUUAUGUUUGAAAAUUUGAAUGUAUACAAUAGUCAAUUGCAAAAUCUAAUUCUUUUAAAACAUGUACAGGCUAAGGAAGUUCUUUAAACUCUCAACAAAAUUUAAAUGAAUUUUAAAAUAUGUGCAGCAGUAAUCAAAAGAUACUUGUUUCACUCUUAUUCGAUAAAUUCAGUCACGAUAUUUACAAUAGAGAGUAUUAUACAAAUAUAAUUUAUCUUCUACUGUGAAUAAUUAUUCGAUAGUUCACACACAUAUUUAUAUAUUAAAAUACUUAAGGAACCAAACAAGUUCAGCCAUUUUAUCAUAAGACUAUUAUUUCUUUCCUUAAUUACCGGAAGUUAAACA